UCCCGACGCCUCCUGUCGACUCCACCAUACUGUCUGGAGAACCAGCUGACUUUCUGACAAGAUUAACUUCGUGGACUGGAAACACAAACACUAUUUGGAAUCUGUGUUGGCGUGCAACUAAGCAUGGAUUGGCAGCCAGCACUUUCCAUUCGAAAUGUGAUCACAAGAAACCAACGGUCACCAUAAUAAAAGUUGGUAAUUUGAUCUUCGGAGGUUAUACUACGGAAUCUUGGGGAG